AUCUGGGAUAAUAUCUGUAGAAUCUUCCUAAUUAGAGGAAAUAGAUACAUAAUAUUUUAUUUUAUUUUAUUUUUCCCUAGGUUUCCUAGUUUCCCUAUUUCCCUUUUUAGGAGAACUAGAUUAUUACAAAUAGAAGGUUUGAGAAUGUAUUUUUCAUGAUUUGAGAAUAAGAAUAAGUCUCAUUUUCAACUUGGUGUCAGAGCUCCUGAUCUUAGGGGCUAGAUUCCGCUGCAAGAAGCGCACCGCCACCACUGCCCGACCACCGCCGCUGCCACCGUCGUCGGUCGGGGUCGUCGAUAGGGCAGAAAGGUGCGCCCAACACCGGCGAUCACAGAGCCUGAAGUCGCUCCUCGAACGGAGCUGCCACGCGCCGCCACCGUCGCCGGCGCGUGUAGCCCACGUGCCCACCUCCAGCAAGACCCACUUGCCACCACCGCCACAGACAGGGUCGCCGGAGCCCCCAGAGUCCGUUCCUAGGGUCGGUGACGACUAGUUUGGGCUGUAUUUGAGCAGAUCUGACUUUUACGUUUUGCUCCUCUUUUUUCGGUGAAACCCACUCGCCGUCGCCGCCACAGAAGGGUCGCCGGAGCCUCCUGAUUCUGUUCCUUGGGUUGGUGACGACCCGUUUGGCCUUUAUUUGAGUAGAUCUGAGUUUGAAGUUUUUGCCCUUUUUUUCUUGGGUACGGGAUGUCUGAAGAAAAGAGUAUUCCUUUGGGGGCACCCAAUGACUUACCAAAUAUAGGAAGUACCUCGUGGUUGGAUGGUUAGAAUUACUUACAAUGGAGUCAAUUUAUUUUAAGGAUUCUCAAGAGUCGCUCCAAACUUGAUCAUAUACAUGGAGGAGGACUAACACCAAAUGACAAACAUUUUUCAAUGUGGGAUAGAGAAGAUUCUUUAAUUAUGACUUGGAUGUGGCAAUCCAUGACUCCAGAAGUAAGGAAAAAUUAUAUGUUUCAUUCUUCCACAAAAGAAAUAUGGGAUGAUUUACAGAGUACUUUUUCUUUAAAAAAAGAUCUUGCUGCUACCUAUGAUAUCAAGAACAGGAUAUUUAAUACAAAACAGGGCUCCCUUUCUGUAACAGAGUAUUACGGGAUCCUGAAUGGUCUUUGGAUGGAACUCGAUCAGAUCCAAACAAUAAAGAUGUGUAAAACAGAUGCUGCCGCUCUUGCUGAAUUUAUGGAAGGAGAAAAAAUCUUUAAAUUUCUCCAGGGCCUUAAUCAUGAGUACGACCCAAUCCGGGUUCACAUUUUUGGAAGAGAAAAAUUACCAUCCCUGUCAGAAGUUUUUUUUAUGGUAAGAGGAGAAGAAACUCGGAGAUUUGUCAUGCUUCAUGGAGGGAUCUCCAACACAGGCUCUGCCAUGACAACUGGAAAGGGAGUCCACAAGGGAACAAAUGCUGGGGGAAAAACGUUUGAAAGAGGUACUCAUGGGGACUAUUGUACAUACUGUAAAAGAUUGGACAUACCAAGGAAAUAUGCUUCAAACUCCAUGGAAAAAAGAAUGUUCUCGAGCACAUGGGAAACAACAAAGGGCCUACUCAAAAAUGGGUAAAUCAUACUACCUUAGAACGGAAAGCCACAAAUCAAUCUAAUCCGUCCCAGUCUAAUCCACCACCACCACCACCACCACCAGAUCUUGAUAUGCAAACUUAUAAGGAGAAACUCGAGCGCUUGGAAGCAAUGAUUGAAUCAAUGAGUAAGCCCUCUGGAUCAUGUACUCUGUCCAUAAAAGGUAAGAUUUGUCUCAAUACUGUUGGUCAUGUGUCUCACGGUAUUUGGAUCCUUGAUUCGGGUGCAACUGAUCAUAUGACACCUUUUAGUGGGAAUUUCGAUUCAUAUAACAAGAGCAAUAAAGAACAACUUAUUACAGUUGCAAAUGGACAGGGUAUACCUGUAUGUGGCUCUGGGAAUAUAUUCUUGGACUCAUCUAUUAUAUUGAAGGAUGUUUUACAUGUUCCUCAAUUAGCUAAUAGUCUUAUCUCUGUGCAAAAGUGGGUUGUAUUUUUUAGAGUUUGAUGACCAAAGCAACACACAAAUCAUGAGUCAACAAGCUACAUCUGAGACGUGGGCCAAAUCACAAAUAUGGUUACAUCAUCAAAGGCUUGGGCAUCCAUCAUUUAGUCUUAUCAAGUCCCUGUUUCCCCAUUUGUUUACCAAGGAGUCUGUUGAGUCUUUUAAUUGUGAUAUUUGUCAAUUGUCAAAACACCAUCGUGCAUCUUAUCCUAUUAGUAAUAAAAAGAGUAUUUCUCCAUUUGAUUUAAUUCACUCUGAUGUUUGGGCUCCUGUCAUAGGUUCUAUUUCUGGA